AUGGUAAAAUAAUAGAUUUAGUUAAUAGAAAAAUGGUACAAGUAGCGCGUAACAUACUUUCUGUCGGUAUGCAAAUCAACAACCGGAGAAAUCGCCGGAGAAUGAGAUGCAGUGGUACGUCGUCGCAUCGCUCCUCACAGUUCUCACCAGUUCUCAGGGAAUUUUGACUACAUUGUCACAGAGUAAUGGGGGAUACAAGUAUGACUAUGCAACUAUUCCUUUUCUUGCUGAAAUCUUCAAGCUUAUUGUAUCCAGCAUCUUCCUAUGGAGAGAGUGUAAGAAAUCACCUCCUCCUAGAAUGACAACAGAAUGGAAGAGUGUUCGAUUAUACCCAAUCCCCUCUAUUAUAUACCUCAUCCAUAACAAUGUUCAAUUUGCAACCCUCACAUAUGUUGAUACAUCCACAUAUCAAAUACUUGGAAAUUUGAAAAUUGUCACUACAGGAAUAUUAUUCAGGCUGUUCUUGAAGAGAAAACUCUCCACAUUGCAGUGGAUGGCAAUAGUUUUAUUGGCUGUUGGAACAACCACAAGUCAGGUUAAAGGAUGUGGAGGAGCAUCUUGUGAGUCUCUCUUCUCAUCCCCAAUCCAAGGGUACAUGUUAGGUGUCUUAUCAGCUUGUCUUUCAGCAUUAGCUGGUGUUUACACUGAAUUCUUAAUGAAAAAAACUAACGACAGUUUAUACUGGCAGAAUGUUCAACUCUACACGUUUGGUGCAAUUUUUAACAUGGCAAGACUUUUUGCGGAUGAUUUUAGAGGAGGAUUUGAGAAAGGAGCAUGGUGGGAACGCCUCUUUAAUGGCUACACUAUUACAACAUGGUUGGUGGUGUUGAAUCUUGGUUCCACUGGUUUACUUGUCUCAUGGCUGAUGAAGUAUGCUGACAACAUUGUCAAGGUGUAUUCCACAUCAAUGGCUAUGCUACUCACAAUGGUUUUGUCUGUCUUCCUCUUUACUUUCAAACCAACAUUACAACUUCUUUUGGGUAUUAUUAUCUGCAUAAUGUCGUUACACAUGUAUUUUGCACCUCCAACCACACUUGUUGACUUGCCUCUGAAGUCAACGCCUGUUGAAGUUUCAGUAGACCGAAGAACAGAUACAGAUUCUUGAUUCAUCUUCUUCUUCUUCUUCUUCUUCUUUAAAAUAGACGAUUAUUUGGUAAGUUGAUGCUAAUCGUUUUUUAUUUUUAUUUUUUAAUUUUACUCAUUUGAACCAUAAAUAUUUUUCUAUUCCAUCGUGUAAUUGAUUUUUAGUACGAUAUUUGAUCCAAAAAAGAAAAAAGAAAGUACAACCUAUUUGAUUA